AUGGUGAUUACCUAUUAUGUUGAAGAGGUAUCCACGAAUAAAAAUUCAUAUUUAAAUCGAGGAAUACAAAUAGUUGUUGGUCAUUACAAUGGAAAUCUUGCCAAAGAUAAAUUUUCCAAUUUAACUGAUGAACAAUUGAAUGCAAAUAAUUAUGCCCCAGUUAUUGGUGCUGGAGAAGAUGGACAACCAGUUAGGCUAAGGAAAGCGGAUGAACGCCUUUCCGAUGAUACCUUUGCUAUUAAUCAGUUCAAUUUGGUAGUGAGUGAUCGAAUAGCUCUAAAUAGAUCAUUGCCCGAUAUUCGUAAACAUCAAUGCCGAAUCAAAAUCUAUUCACCUCCUUCGCAAUUACCAACUACCAGUGUUAUCAUCGUUUAUCAUAAUGAAGCAUUUUCAACAUUAAUGCGUACCGUUAUGUCCGUAAUUCUUAGAUCACCACAUGAAAAUUUGAAGGAAAUUAUUUUGGUGGAUGAUUUCAGCACAAGGACAUUUUUGAAAGCUGAAUUAGAUAAUUUUGUUGCUAAAUUGAAUAUUCAUAUCAAAGUGAUCCGAGCAAAUGAACGGGUCGGUUUGAUAAGAGCUCGAUUAAUGGGCGCUAAGGAAGCAGAAGGUGAUGUAUUAACUUUCUUGGAUUCACAUUGUGAAUGUACUAAAGGAUGGAUGGAACCAUUAUUGGCACGGAUUAAAGAAAACAGAAAAGCAGUAGUUUGUCCUGUGAUUGAUGUUAUCAAUGAGCAAACCUUUGCAUAUCAGAAAGGUAUUGAGCUAUUUCGCGGUGGUUUCAAUUGGAAUCUUCAAUUUCGAUGGUAUGCGCUACCAUCAGAAAUGAUAAAAUCACGAAGUGAUGAUCCUACAAAACCAAUCGUUUCACCAGCAAUGGCUGGCGGAUUGUUUAGCAUCGAUCGGAAAUAUUUUGAAGAAAUUGGUACCUACGAUCACGAAAUGGAUAUAUGGGGUGGCGAGAAUAUUGAGAUAUCUCUGAGAGUUUGGCAAUGUGGUGGGCGAAUCGAGAUUCUUCCAUGUUCUCAUGUAGGUCAUGUCUUUCGUCGAGCUUCUCCACACGAUUUUCCAGGUCGUAAAUCAGGAAGCAUUCUGAAUAAUAAUUUGUUGCGAGUAGCCGAAGUUUGGAUGGAUGAAUGGAAAUAUCACUUCUACAAAACUGCACCUCAAGCGUAUAAAUUGCGUGAAAAAGUUGAUGUAAGUGAUCGUGUGGAACUGCGAAGACGUUUGCACUGCAAAAGUUUCAAAUGGUUUCUCGAUAAUGUAUGGAAGGAUCAUUUUUGGCCACAACCGGGAAAUGCUUUUGGAAGGGUAAUUCAUUCAAGAUCGCAAAUUGAUGGUCUAAAUGGGUGCUUACAUUGGACGGUGCCAUUGGGUGAAAGCAUGAGAGUAGCAACGAUGCAUAAUUGUUCUACAUCUGAAAGUUUCGAUCGUACUGAGAUUUCGCACAGCACUUCAGGAAAUUGUUUGGUAGCUCGAAAUGGUGAACCUGGUACCAAACAAUCUACCAUUAUGAUGGCUCGUUGUACAUUGGGUUUUGACAUGUGGCAGCUUUGGUUAUUUACCAAUGAGGGACAACUGAAAACAGAUGAGCAUUUGUGCCUUAGUGCAUAUCAACCGAUACAGAAACCACAAAAUUGGAAAGUACAAUUAAAAGAAUGUGGCCAAUAUGAAUUUGAAUAUUGGGAUUAUAAUUUCAAUAGAAAAUCAUUUUAUCACCGUAAAAGUGGAUUAUGUCUUGAUCAGCCAUUCGAAGAUCCUAAUGAUUAUCAUGCAACACAUGUUUUAAAACCUACGUUGAAAAAAUGUACACGUGGCGGAUUAAAUCAGCAAUGGACAUUAAACGAAGUACAAUGGCUGUCAGAUAAUGUCAUUUCAACAUUGCAUUAA